AUGAAGCCCGCCACCGCUGCCCUGCGCCCCCCGUCGCGCCCCGUGUGCCAAUUCUGCGACCACAUACUGCGGCUGCCCCAGCAUCGCCGCGCGCCCCUCUUCACCUCGACCUCCAAGGCCCCCGCGGCACGCCGGCACGCCGCGCGCACAGCCGCUCUAGUCGCCCAGCUGCCCGUACGAAGCAUUGCGACGACAGCCCGCAAGGCAGCAGCCGCUGACAGCGGCCACGACGAGCCCUUCCACACGUCGGACCGCAUUGUGGCGUUGAGGGCAAAACUGGCCGCCGUCGAGGCUCGCAUAGGCCAAAUAUGUGACUCGCCAAAGGUCGAGCCCGAAGCCAUGGCGCUCGAGGCUCUGGCUGGACUGGAAGACGUGGCACAGCAGGCAAUAUCCAUACGGUCACGGCAGCCGCUGCGCACAAAGGCACCCAUACGACAGAGCUCGGCGGGCGCGAUCCUCUCCGGGCUCGGUAGCGACGAGGGCGAAAGAAACGAAGAGAAAACGACGUCGAGGCAGCUGGGGCUCGAAGCACUCCCCUCGCCAUCGCACCUCUCCAAGCUGGCCGAGGACCUGAUCAGGCACGAAAAGGUUUUUCUUUCUCCAAGCGUCCUCGCCGCAUACAUCCACCUGCAGCGGCUGCUCGCUCGCCCAAAAACUAUACCAGAAGCCUUGUAUCUCUACGCAAACAAGCCGAUCCCCGUCGAAGGCUCGUCGCCUCCCAAAUUCUCCCGACCCUCUCCCAAGGCUGCAAAGCAAGCCGUUCCCGCUGAUCUCGCCGAUGAAGCGCUCACGGCUGCUAUCGAAGCGAAGGACCUGGCCUUGGCCUUGGACGUUGUCGAUCACACAUAUCGCGCCCCGGCAUGGCGGCGACACCGCAUCAUCACCAAACUAGGCCUACCUUCGGUCUUGGCGAGCAUCACCCCGCUUGCCAUCUACAUGAUUGCGCAGGAGGUUUCCGUAUACAGCGGCUUUAUUGAUCCCUGGACCUUUAAGCUAUACACUUUUGCCGGCCUGAGCACCUACGUCCUGUGUACCGGCACACUUGGCUUUGUUGCGCUGACGACGUACAACGACCACCACGACCGAGUUGUCUGGCGGCCUGGUGUCCCACUCCUGGACCGCUAUCUGAGAGAAGACGAGCGCGCCGCCUUGGAUCGCAUAGCAUGCGCUUGGGGUUUCAAGGAAGUGUGGAGGCGAGGCGACGAGGACGGUGAAGACUGGGAGGGCUUGAGGCAGUGGAUUCUCCUCAGAGGCAUGGUGCUAGACAAGCCAGAUUUGAUGCCUGUCAUGUCUGCCGACGCGGCCCCCAUCACAUUUACGCGAUUCUCUAAAGCGCUUGAAGACCUGUCUGUUGAAUCGCUUUACGCCAAGUACUCGGAGCUCACCAACCAAAUCAAACACCUCGAAUCGAGUAAUCAGCAGCUGGAAGAGUUUGCGCGUGAGCACGAUGACAAGGAUUGCUACGAGGCACUGCUCGAGAACAAGCAAGUCAUGAUCCGGUUCGAAGAGAGGAGAGAAGCAAUCAAGAAUGAAGUGAGAGACGUAAGAGGUCUUCCCUGGAAGCCAAAGGAAGACGAAGGCAAGGUCAAUGGAAGCGUACCUGUCGCAACGAACGGAGCGGCAAGGGACGACGGCAACGGCGAUGGAGCCCAGGGCUCGGGUGAGGAUGGCGUGUAUCUGUGA